AACUCUUUAACAAUCGGCUUUUCAUCUUGCGGUGAUAUGGUAUAACCAACCCAGCUAUUUACACUCUACAAGCCAGUGUAAUUUUUAUCUGUUUCUUUCUUUUCUCUUCUGCAAAUGUUAAAAAAAAAAUUAAUAAUAAUAAUAAAAAAAAUAAAAAUUCAAACUUUGAUUCCACCAGUCACUGUUGCCGCCAUUAAACUCUGGUAGCUCCAAGCCGGUUAUGGAACCCAAAAUGACACGGUUCUCUGUGCUGUCUUCUUUGUAUCUCUACUAAAAUAUAACAGUUUGAUUCAAUCUAACGGAAAUGAGUGAGAGAGGAAAGGUAACAAAUUUUUAUGGUUUCUGAUUUCAUUCAAACACCGAAGCGUUAGUUGUGAUCACUCUUGAAUGAGGUCAUUGCACUCGGCGAUUGAGAGUUCUACAAAUGCUUUGUUGAAGGUUCUGAUAACCCAUUCUCACGCAGUCAAGUCAGGAACCAUUGCGGACAUAUACAUAGCCAACAAUAUCCUCAAUGGGUAUUCCAGAAAUCAACAAUUUGGUCUUGCUCACAAGCUUUUCGACAAAAUGCUUAACAGAGACACUGUUUCUUGGAAUACAAUGAUCGCUGGGUAUGUAAACUGUGGGAACUUCGGGAUUGCAUGGGAGUUUCUAAGAAACAUGAGAAGAUCUGGGUUUGAACUUGAUGGGUACACAUUUGGAAGCAUACUAAAAGGGAUAGCUGGUUCUCAUCAAUGGGAUAUUGGGGAAGAGGUACAUUCCAUGAUUAUCAAGAUGGGUUAUGCUGGAAAUGUUUACUCUGGAAGUGCUCUUUUGGACAUGUAUGCGAAGUGUGAGAGAGUUGAGGAGGCAUAUGUUGUGUUCGAACAUAUGCCAGAGCGUAACACUGUAUCAUGGAAUGCUCUGAUUGCUGGUUUUGUGCAAGUGGGUGAUCGGAGGACUGCAUUUUGGUUAUUUGGCUGUAUGGAGAAGGAUGCUGUGAAGCCUGAUGAUGGCACAAUUGCUCCACUUUUGACGUUGCUUGAUGAUUCUGAGUUUUACUGGACAACCAUGCAGAUUCAUGGAAAAAUUACGAAACUUGGAUUGGAAUUUAGUAAUACAGUGUGCAAUGCCAUAAUCACUUCAUACUCAGAAUGUGGGUCCAUUGAAAAUGCUAAAAAGGUAUUUGAUAGAUCAUUUGAUACCAGAGAUGUGGUGACAUGGAAUUCCAUGCUUGCAGCAUACCUAAUACAUGGUAAAGAAGGACUUGCAUUUAACAUCUUUAUGGAUAUGCAGUGGCUUGGGUUUGAACCGGACAUCUAUAGUUAUACUAGCAUUGUCAGUGCUUGUUUUGAAGAAGCACAUAAAAACCUUGGACAAUCCCUCCAUGGGUUGAUAAUAAAAAGGGGACUAGAACAAUCAGUUCCCAUCGCAAAUGCUUUGAUAGCCAUGUAUCUCAAAUCAAUCAAUAAAUCCAUGGAAGAAGCUCUGCAUAUAUUCGAAUGCUUGGAAAUGAAGGAUAAGGUUUCCUGGAACUCUAUUUUGACUGGGUUAUCACAGUUUGGGUUGAGUGAAGAUGCCUUGAAAUUCUUUGUGCAUAUGAGAUACGUGGCAGUAGAGAUAGAUCACUACACCUUAUCAGCUGUCAUUAGAUCUUGCUCCGAUUUAGCAACCCUGCAAUUAGGUCAACAAGUUCAUGUCUUGGCCCUUAAAUCAGGCCUCGAGUCCAAUGAAUUCGUUGCCAGCUCUUUGAUCUUCAUGUAUGCCAAGUGUGGGAUCAUUGAAGAUGCUAGAAAAUCAUUUGAAGAGAAUCCCAAUGACAGUCCAAUCACUUGGAAUUCACUUAUUUUUGGAUAUGCACAACAUGGCCUGGGAUAUAUUGCACUGGAUAUCUUCUUUGAAAUGGAAAAGAGAAAGGUAAAACUGGAUCACAUAACUUUCGUUGCAGUUUUAACCGCUUGUAGCCACAUUGGAUUGGUUGAACAAGGAUGUGAACUUCUAAAGUCGAUGGAGUCAAAUUAUGGAAUAACCCCACGGAUGGAGCAUUAUGCUUGUGCAGUAGAUCUCUAUGGGAGAGCUGGGCGUCUCAAUGAGGCAAAAGCCUUGAUUGAAACAAUGCCAUUUGAACCUGAUGCAAUAGUAUGGAAAACAUUUUUAGGUGCCUGCAGGGCUUGUGGCAAUAUCGAAUUAGCUAGUCAGGUGGCAAGUCGUCUGCUAGACUUAGAGCCUGAAGAGCACUGCACUUACGUUCUCCUCUCUGAUAUGUAUGGGUAUCUUAGGAGGUGGGAUGAAAAAGCUAGUGUAAAGAGGCUUAUGAAAGAGCGGGGUGUCAAAAAAGUCCCCGGUUGGAGUUGGAUAGAGAUUAAGAACCAGGUUCAUGCUUUUAAAGCUGAAGACCGUUUGCACCCUAAUUGUGGAGAGAUAUAUUUUGUAUUGGGAGGUUUGAUGGAUGAAAUCAGUAGAGAUUUUGUUGCCAAUUCACAUGUUCUAAUGUGUGAUUUGGAUCAUAAUCUGGAUGCGUAUUGUGACUUCUAUGCUGAUGCUUUCCCAAGCCUCUAAUUUGGUGGUUUUUUUUUU